AUGGAACCAAGUACAUCCCCGAAAGACGAUAGUACGAAAACUCAAACAUCUUUGGACGACCUUGUCAAGCAGGCUGCCGCCAAAGAUGCCAUCAAGGAUUACAACGCCGCUGCAGAGCUAUAUUCUGAGGCCACGGAACUUCAAGCAGAGCUCAACGGAGAAUUAGCGCUGGAAAAUGCAGAUUUACUAUUCGCCUACGGAAAAGCUCUCUAUAAUGUUGCCGUCAGCAAGAGCGACGUGCUUGGGUCCAAGGUAGCUGGAGAAUCACAGCCGAGCAGCGCGUCUGUCGAAAGGCCAUCCGCUGCGGCAACAGCCACAACCACGGGCAUCGUUGAGAAAGCUGUCGCCCAGGGCCCACCUGAGAAGUCCCCGGGAGCCCAGAAGUCAAAUACUGGUGAUGUUCCAGCUAAGCCAUACUUCCAAUUCACUGGUGACGAGAACUUUGACGACUCGGAUUCGGAAGACGACGCCGACGGUGAGGAAGCUGCGGCCGAUGACGAAGACGACUUUGCCAAUGCCUUCGAAGUUCUUGACUUGGCGCGCGUACUAUACCACAAAAAGAUGACUACGUUAGAGGAGGGAAUCGGCAAAGGCAAAUCCGCAGAUUUACCUCCAGAUCUCAGACACGUCAAAGAACGUCUCGCGGAUACGUACGAUUUACAAGCGGAGAUCUCACUGGAGGCAGAAAGGUUUUUAGAUGCAGUGACGGACUUGAGGACGUCUCUGGAUUUAAGGCAGUCUCUGUUUCCGAUUGAAGAUCCUUCUGUUGCAGAAUGUCACUACAAGCUUUCUCUUGCCCUAGAAUUUGGCUCCGUCAAAAAUGAGAAUGACAGUUCCCAAGAGGACAGUACCCUCAAAGGGCCGGUCGACGAGGAAAUGAGGGAAGAGGCCGCAGCUCAAAUGGAAAAGGCUAUUGAAAGCUGCCGUCUAAGGAUGGAUCAAGAACAGAAGAAGUUGACGGACGAUGAUUCAUUGGAUGAGGACAGGGUGACCGCUAUGAAGAGAAGAAUAGCAAAUGUCAAAGACAUCAUAGCAGACAUGGAGCAAAGGCUCGUCGAUCUUCGACGCCCGCCAGUAUCUGCUAUUGAGAAUAGCGAUGCAGAUAACACAAUGCUGAAGGGUAUUUUGGGUCAGAUCAUGGGGCAUUCCCCUUCGGAGCAAAAGGCUCAACUCGAUGCUGUCACGAGAGAAGCAAAUGACCUUUCUGCGUUCAUCAAAAGAAAACCUGCGAGCAAUAAGCCACCCCAGAAGAGUGACACUGUACCAAAACGAGCGGCUCCGGAAGAGGGCGCGGGAGGCGAUACAAAAAGAGCACGAGCAGGCGAUAACCUUGAAUGA